AUGUUGUCUGUGGUCACAAUAUCUAUAAUUAUUGUCAUCCUGACAAUACUAUAUUUCUAUCGACCACCAAGACUCUCAAAAGAUUUAUAUGGCGUUUGGAUUGGAGAGAAAAAGGCUGGUGAGACUCGAGUAAGAAGAGACUUGUGUGGGAAAGAAGAGUUGAUAGACAGACCCGACCAGGGGUACACCACCUUAUAUGAACUUGUUGAGUCUUUUCCGACAAAGACACAGCCCCAUUUAGUUGGGUACAGAGAAGUUCUCGACAAGACUGCGGUCAAGAAGGUUCAGUGUGACUCUGAUGGUAAACCUGUUGAGAAGACGAUGUUCAAAUACAAAAUGAGUGAUUACAAGUACCUCUCAAACAGUGAAUAUUACACAUUGAUUCAUGGCAUCGCCAAUGGUUUAGCACAAGUUGGCUUUAAAAGUGGUGACAAGAUAGCCAUCUACUGUGAGACUCGAUACGAGUGGAUGGCAUUUGUCCUUGCAUGUUCAUGUCGUGGGAUAGUCGUAGUGACAGUCUAUGCCACUUUAGGAGUCGAGUCUGUUAACAUAGCUUUAGAAGAGACUAGUGUCAAGGGGGUAUUAGUGUCUGAGGAGACGUACGACAAAAUUCUAUCUUUAGACGCGUACAAAAACAAAAAAUUUGUCAUCAUUUCUUGUGACAAAAUAGCACCAAACUCCACCAUUCCAAAGAUCUAUUAUUUGCACGACUUUUUGAGUUCUCCGCCUGUUGAAGAUUUCAAACCAAAACCUGAAGAUGUUGCGAUGAUUUUAUACACCUCAGGCACUGCGAAAAGUCCAAAGGGGGUUGUUGUCCUCCAACGGAAUUUAUUGCCGAUCACGUGGUCGUACGUCCACAAGAUGUGUUACACCCCCAAAACGCGAUAUAUCUGCUACUUGCCCUUAGCUCACAUCUUUGAGCUCACAAUUGAGUUCUGUGUACUUGUGAAUGGAGGGACGUUGGGGUACUCCUCACAGAGGACUUUGACGCCGGCGUUUGUGUAUGACUGUCAGUGUGAUCUCCACGCGUUUCAGCCGACUUUUAUGAAUGGUGUUCCGACGGUCUUCAAUCGGAUUAAGAAGAUGUUAGACGACAAAAUGGGGAAGUCGUCGACGGUCCUUCGCGCGUUCUUUGAAUUGUCUUUUGAGGUCAAAAAGCGACUUUACGUCGAGAAACACUUCCGCCCGCACUUCUACGCUCUUGUGAUGCCGAUUGUCAAGGUGUUGGACUUCUUGCUCUUCACGAGAAUUAAAGACGAGAUCUUCGGGAAGGAACUUUCGUGUGUGAUUAUGGGGGGGUCACCCCUCUCCUCCGACCUCCAGAAGUACUUACAAGUUGUUUUGGCGAAUGUUGAUAUCAUGCAGGGAUAUGGAUUAACGGAGUCGUGCGGUCCAGUGAGUAAUAUGGUCCCCCAUGACUACUUCUAUAACACCAUUGGAGUGUUAUACCCACACUAUGAAGCGAAAUUGGUUGAUGUGGAGGAAAUGGGGUAUUCCACAGACUCCGAAAUACCACAGGGAGAAUUGUUACUGAGAGGACCAUCACUCUUUAAAGAGUACUUUAAAAGACCGGAAGAAACAAAAUUGGCAUUCACGGAAGACGGGUGGUUCAGGACGGGAGAUAUCGCGCAAAUAUCGGACGGAGGAAGACUCAGAAUUAUAGACAGAAAGAAGAACUUGAUUAAACAGGCGUGCGGAGAAUACGUGUCACUUGAGAAACUCGAAAUGACGUAUAACGCAUCAAAGUACGUCGAAAAUUUCUGCGCCGUCGCUAACCAAUUUUGUGACUUCACAGUCGGUCUUGUCAUCAUCGCGAAAACCGCAAUUGAAGAGUUCGCAAAGGUAAAGAAGAUCACAGAGGAAGAAGUUAUUAAUUCAGUCGAAUUUAAAGAGGUGGUCAUGAAAUCAUUCAGAGAAGUGGACGCGAGCCUGUCGUCUCAUGAAAAAAUUCGAGACUUCUUUAUUGUCAAGGACGAGUGGACCCCUGAAAACGGAAUUUUGACAGCCGCACUUAAAUUGAGAAGAAACGCUAUCGACAAAAAGUAUAGAAAGGAAAUUGAUGCGAUGUUUAAUUAA